AUGAAAGAAGGCAAAGAUGGCUUUAUGGAUGAAAAUAACUCGGUGGCUGAUGGAUUGCUUACUGGUGAGGAGGUUGUUGCUGAUGGUUUAAUUUUUGAGGUUUUGAUCACCAUGGACUUACCUGAGCCUGGAAAGUUGUUCGUGGCUAGACUACCAAAGACGAUUAAUGAAACCAGCAUAAAAGAACACUUCAACAAAUAUGGUGAAGUAAAGGACUGUGUGAUUGUUGUGGACAAAGUUACUCGAAGGGCAAAAGGGUUUGCCUUUGUUACCUUCAUUGACCCAUGCGUGGCUAAGAAAGCAUUGGAAGUAGAGCACUACAUCUUCGGAAGAAAGUUAGAUGUGAAACCUGCUUUACCAAAGAGAGAGAAACUCCAGAACCAAGAGGACGAGCAAGCUAAAGCAUUCUUCAAGACCAAGAAGAUUUUUGUGGGAGGAUUACCACAGAAUCUGACACAAGAAGAAUUCAAGAGCUACUUUGAGAAGUUUGGUACAAUCAUAAAUGGGGUUAUAAUAUAUAUCAAGGAAAGCGGCAAGUCCAGGGGCUUCGGCUUUAUCACUUUUGAUUCAGAGGAGGCUGUGGAUGAAGUCACCAAGGAAACCUAUCAUGAACUGAAUGAUAAAUUUGUGGAGGUGAAGAGGGCUUGGCCUAAGCACAAGAAUGACAACAUGAUCCACACGUUUGACUGCACUGAAGUAGGGUUUAAUUUUGGAGGGUCACAGUGUGAUUAUUAUAGCAAUUUUAUGCUCUAUGGCGCUCAUUGCUUUAGUUGCUUACUUCCUUAUGGAUUUGGGCACCACGAAGGGUGUUUGUAUUAUGGUCAAAGCACAGCUGGUUAUAUCACAUGGCAGCCAAAGAAAGUUCCUACAAACUUUGGAAUGGAGAAGACAAUGCAGACUCAUGCAUGCCCCUAUGAGAAUUCAGUCUAA